AUGAAGAGACCCUCUAAGUCUGACCCAUGGUGGAAUCUGCAAAGAUGGCAACAGUCCAUUAUCACCCAGCUGAGGACGAGACACUGCCCGUCUAAGUCAUACCUGUAUGGCCUACAGAUUACCCGUGAUGACCAAUGUCGCCACUGUGAUCUGGACCGUCUGCGAUCACGCCUAUCAUUCCGAUCACCUCGAUCGCCACCCCCUUUACCACCUCUAAAGGAUAAAGUAAACUGUUCAUUUUACUUUAAAAUUGGAGCCUGUCGUCAUGGUGACCGAUGCUCUCGUUUACAUAACAGACCUACCUUCAGUCAGACAAUCCUACUUCAAAAUCUCUACUUAAAUCCACAAAAUGCUGCCCUAACUGCUGAUGGAUCUCAUAUUAUGUUGGAUGAUGUUCGAGCACAACAAGAGUAUGAUGAGUUUUUUGAGGAAAUUUUUGUUGAAUUGGAAGACAAGUAUGGAGAGAUAGAGGAAAUGAAUGUCUGUGACAAUUUAGGGGAUCAUCUUGUUGGUAAUGUCUAUGUUCGUUUCCACAAAGAAGAGGAUGCAGAAAAGGCAGUAGGUGAGCUGAACAACCGCUGGUUCAACCAGAGACCAAUUCACUGUGAGCUUUCUCCAGCCACAGAUUUUAGAGAGGCUUGCUGUAGGCAGGUUUGGCAGUAUGAAAUGGGUGAAUGCACAAGAGGUGGGUUUUAUAACUGUAUGCAUCUGAAGCCCAUCUCAAGGGAACUCAGACGAGAGCUGUAUGGCCGUAGUGGCCGCAAGAAGGGCAGAAAAUCACGAUCCAGAUAC